UGCGGGAGGCUUCACAUAAAAUCUCACAGGCGACAAAACUUUGGAUUUACGGGCUCACCUUUGCGCUCAGGUGUCAGAGUAAAGGCGUUUCUACCUCCCGCGUCCCGCUCGCGUCUCACAUCCCGCUGAUCUUCAGUCCCUUUUAGUCUCGUUUAGUAUUAGAUUAGUUUUCUGUGUGUUUGCGGUUCUUUUUUUAAAAAUUCAGAUGACGGCGCAGGUAGACUACCUGGUGGUGGUUUUCACCGCCACAUCUGGCGCGAGCGGAGAUCUCCUGGGGUCUGACGAGAAGGAGCUCGUGCAGUUGGUUUGGCAGCUCGUGGAUGUAAAGAACAAAAAGUUGGGCAAGGUGAAUGAGCUCCUCAUAAAGCCUGACCUCUCAGACUUGACAGAAGAAAAAGAGGAGGAGGAUGUGGUGGAGGAGAGCGUGGAACAGGAGAAUGGAUCUGGAGCAGACUGUGUGUACAAAGCACCGAGUGUUGAUAAAGCUUUAAACAUGUUUCAUCUGCAACUGACAAAUGAGGUGAACAGCGCGGGCGCAGGCACGUCGGUGUGUUUGUGUACAGACGGGCAGCUCCACAUCCGCCAAGUGAUUCACCCCGAGGCCGCGAGCAAGAACAUCCUGGUCCCAGACUGUUUCUACUCUUUCUUUGACCUUCGGAAGGAGUUCAAGAAGCACUUCCCCGCUCCUGACCUCAAAGCUCUGAAUGUCCACACCAUGGCAGAGUCUCUUAGUAUACCUGUUGAUGUGCCCACCAUGUGGGACCCCUCUGCCACACCGGAUCCAUCGGUCCCUUUGCCUGCAGAAGUAGCCACACAGCAGCUUCAGGUUAUGUCCAGCGUUGUCCUGGCACUGCUAUCCGAGCCAUUUUGCCACACGUUUUCGAACCCCGAGAGAGUUAGUGAGAAGUUCGAGAGCGGCACUUGCAGUAAAAUGGAGAAAGUGUGCGACAACACGGUGAUCCGAGCCAGAGGAUUGCCGUGGCAGUCUUCUGACCAGGAUAUCGCUCGAUUUUUCAGAGGCCUCAACAUCGCCAAAGGAGGGGUUGCAUUGUGCCUGAAUGCUCAAGGGAGGAGGAAUGGAGAAGCUCUGGUUCGCUUUGUGAGCGAGGAACACAGAGAGCUGGCGUUGCAGAGACACAAACACCACAUGGGGAAUAGAUAUAUUGAGGUUUAUAAAGCGACAGGAGAUGACUUCCUGAAGAUAGCAGGAGGUACGUCUCAUGAGGUAGCAAUGUUCCUGUCCCGCGAGGACCAGAUCAUAGUGAGGAUGCGAGGCCUCCCUUUCACCGCCACGCACGAGCAGGUGCUCGCCUUCUUCUCGCCAGAGGAUGAACUUAAAGAGACGUGUCCCGUCAGCGGGGGAAAGGACGGCAUCCUGUUUGUUCGCUACCCAGAUGGACGUCCCACCGGCGACGCGUUUGUUUUGUUUGCCUGUGAAGAACAUGCUCAGUGCGCCUUGAGGAAACACAAGGAAAUCCUGGGGAAAAGAUAUAUCGAGCUUUUUAAGAGUACGGCAGCAGAGGUGCAGCAGGUGCUAAACAGGUACUCCUCAACCCCUCUGAUCUCUGUGGCCCCUGCCCCUCUGAUGCCUGUGCUGCCCACGGUGUCUCUUCUGCCCCCUCCUGGUGGAGUGAGAGACUGCCUGCGGCUGAGAGGGCUGCCGUACACGGCGAGCAUAGAGGACAUCCUCACCUUCCUGGGCGAGUUUACACAGGAUAUCAGACCGCAUGGAGUGCACAUGGUCCUCAACCAGCAGGGUCGUCCGUCAGGUGACUGCUUCAUCCAGAUGACAUCAGCUGAGCGAGCGCUCCAAGCUUCGCAGCGGCUUCACAAGCAUGUGAUGUCCAGCCAGCGUGGGGCAAACAGCCGCUACGUGGAGGUGUUUCCCUGCAGCGCAGAGGAGAUGGGCCUCGUGCUGAUGGGAGGCUCGCUCUCGCACACGCAUACACACACACACACCCGGAGCAGGAGUGGGACAGGGCUCAGCCCGCCGCCAUGUAAGUCAAGACGUUUAUCGCCACCAUCUUAUUCCUUCACACCUGCUCCACCUGUCCUGCCUCCAGAGGCUGCUGCUGCUCUCUACCCUCCCAUUGGGCAGGUGGUCCUGGCUCCUCGCCCCCUACCACCAGGACAUGCCUACUACCCCGCCUCAGCUCAGCUAUACAUGAACUACGCAGCCUACUACCCCAGUCCACCUGGCUCACCUAACACCUUAGGUUUCUUCCCCUCCCCCUCCUCCAUUGCCUCGCCGGGAGGCCUGGUGCGUAUGCCCGGUCUGACCUACAACAGCAACGGAGUCAAAGAGCUCAUAAAUGCAGUGCAGGGUUACCAGUAUGCUCCCGAGGAUGCUUUCAUGCACGCCCACGGGCCCGUGCACACUCAUGACCCGACCAGGACAUUGCUUACGCAGCCCAAAGAAUGGGUGUGUAUUUAAGGUGUCUGAGGCAGGUGGCAGGUAAGGAUUGGCUGAGGGAUCAGUCGGGGGGAUUUAAUUUAGAGAAGGUGUUGUAGCUGUGGUUUUACUGGUCACCAGGGCUUACAGGGCACCAUUUUCCACAUUAAUGGGGAAUUUUCAGGUAUUUCCUUUUGACUAGGUUAAAUAAUUGGAGGAAAUCUCUUGGUUUUUAGGUAUUUCAUGGGUUUUCACAUGGCGUUUGUUUAACCUUUUUUCUGUCCGCUCGUGAAGCCUUUAAUGAAAACACUGAGCACCACAUAGCCGACUGACCGUCCACUGAACCCUCUCCCCUUUGACUGUACAGGCAUGGUCCUUUUUCUGCAUGUCGAGACAGCGUGAAAGUCAAAUAGCGGGCGCAAGAAACUCCUCAGUGGUGACAUUUUCAUCACAGAACAACAUAAAAAUAUUGUGAAAGUGAAAGUAGCUGCUUUAAAGUUUGAAUUGUUCUCUUACCCAGAUAACCAGUAAUAAGUCCUCAUUUUUACUGUUACAUUGCAGUAUUAAAGAUACAUUUUUUUAAUGUUUCAUACAUCAAUACAAGGAUAUUAUAGGUACAUAAAACUAGGUAUGAAAAUGUAUAUAGUUAACCUAAAUUUAAAAAAAAAACAACUUACCUCCCCCCCUCUCAAAACUCCCCCUAAAACUAACUAAAAUAGCAUUUUGUACUUUAUGCUCAAUUUCUUUUUGAAUGCAUUAAUCCUGAGGAGGUAAUGACACAGAUGUUUAGUGAGACUGCCAUAUCCACUUGGCUGUGAGUCAUGUGUUUUUAUUGUAACGCUUGUUCUGAGCUUCUAGAAUUUUCCACCUGACAAAUGAUAAUUAGAAACACUAAAAAGAACACAGAAACGAAUAAAAUUGAAACGGUAAAGACCCUACAAUAACAGAAGGGAACUGCAACAACACACCUAAGGGCAAGCGCUUGGCAACAGUGAGAAGGAGAAACUCCCUUUUUGCAGGAAGAAUCUUCUGGCAGAACCAGGUUAACUGUAAUCUUAUAGAUAUAUUUAUUAACGUCCUUUCUCAGACAUUUGUGAUUACCUGCUGCUUCACGCCAAAAUGUCUGCUGCGAAACUGGCCUGCUGAAGAGUAAAAUUACUUUACAGAACAAUUGCAACAAUACCUAAGGGGGCGGGGCUUAGUCAACGGUCAGAUGGUGCUGUCGCAAUGUGGUAGUGUAAUAGAUGGGUAAUAACAGCUUUAGGUGAUUGAGAAGGUGAUGGGUAAUGUCUGGUGCAGGUGCUUUUUUUUGUUGUUGUUGGGGGCUAAAACUCUUUCCUCACCCUUGUUCUUCUUCUCUCCGCAGAAUCCUGCAGAGUCUGUUUCCCUCCUGAGCAGCAGUCUGAUUGGUCAGUGCAGCUCAAGUGAGGCUCCUCUUAUGUCACUACCUGCUCUCAUGA